GCGUAUAAUAUCUGGACCCUAACAUCGUAAGUCUAAAUCUGAAUCGCAUCCAGUCGCAUGCUCUGACUAGGCAUGAGGGUGUAGACUGUACAUGUCAGAGAUCCAGCAGCUGGAGCUGCAAGCUGGAACUUGGAGCUUCUUCCAUCUGUUCAAGGAGGAGUAAACCGCAUGUUGCAAGAUCUGGUCUUCGGUUCACCGAGCUGUGUAAUAGCUUGCCCGGUGGCAACGAUGUGUGGAAGGGAUUGUUUCGUCUGCAAUUUUGCAGAUCUUGAAGACUGCGAACCAGGCAAGGCAGGAAUACAGGAAACACGCGCAGUUUCUGGAUCAGUAGCUAGUUAUGAAAGUCCGAGAGAUUUGAGAUAACAUGAAUACACGUGAUUUUUCAAGGAUCAGUGUGCGGAAUCUAGCUGCUCGGGAGUUGGGAAAAUCAUGAUUGUUUACUAAGUUCUAGAUCUUAAGAAUGUAGAGCCUACAAUGCUCAUGGAGGCUAGUUCGAUGUUUGGCUUGCUUUCCUACUCUAGACUCUAGACUCCUUCUCUAAAUUAGUCCUGGCUUGCGGGCAUACCUUCUCAGCACUCCUGCUUAUUUGGCCUUAAAUGAUACCUUGCGUUCUGAAGUAAGUGGGGAGGUGGCAGACCUUCUUAGGGUGCUCAUUUCAUAUAGAUCUUAGAACUCUGAACCCUCUGUCCUCUUCCAUCACCAGCGUCCGGACUACGUUCACCUUCGGUAAAGGGCCACAAGUUUCUGCAUCUUAGAACGAACAUUGCGUGCUAUUAUCUCCUUAAAAUCGAUCAACGAUCAAAUAUCUACAGUCCGCUCAGUAUGUGGAUGUAAUUUUGAGAACCGGCUGAUGCUGUGUUACGGAGAUCACGUGUUCAGUGUUUAUCUACCGACUCAAAGGAAGACAGAAAAUUAGUUGAAAUCAUAGGAAGUCCUUUCUAACCUGACUCACCCACCGAUCAGAGUUUUAAAACUCAAUUCCAGCUCUGUCUUAACGUCGACCUC